CUUUCUAUCAUGACAUUUAAUCUUAUCUUCAGAGGGAAUGUAUCUCCAUCCACGUCGGCCAGGCCGGAGUCCAGAUGGGCAAUGCAUGCUGGGAGUUGUAUUGUCUGGAGCACGGCAUCCAGCCUGAUGGUCAGAUGCCCUCAGACAAGACGAUUGGUUACGGAGACGACUCCUUCAACACUUUCUUCAGCGAGACUGGAGCAGGGAAACACGUCCCAAGGGCCGUCUUCGUCGACCUCGAACCUACUGUGAUUGAUGAGGUCCGUACCGGCACCUACCGUCAGUUGUUCCAUCCAAACCAGCUGAUAACCGGUAAGGAGGACGCCGCCAACAACUACGCCCGUGGUCACUACACCAUCGGCAAAGAGAUGAUUGACCUUGUCCUGGAGAAGAUCCAGAAGCUGGCCGAACAGUGUAAAGGCCUUCAGGGCUUCCUCGUCUUCCACAGCUUUGGCGGUGGAACUGGAUCUGGCUUCAACUCUCUGUUAAUGGAGCGUCUCAGUGUCGACUACGGCAAGAAGUCAAAGUUAGAGUUUGCGAUCUAUCCAGCUCCCCAGAUCUCCACCGCCGUCGUGGAGCCCUACAACUCUAUCCUGACAACCCACACUACCCUAGAGCACACUGACGUUGCCUUUAUGGUUGAUAAUGAGGCUAUCUAUGACUUGUGCCGCAAGAAUUUGGAUAUAUCACGUCCAACGUACACAAAUCUCAACCGACUAAUUGGUCAGAUCGUCAGCUCCAUCACUGCCUCUCUCCGAUUUGAUGGAUCUUUGAAUGUUGAUCUGACCGAGUUCCAGACCAACUUGGUGCCCUACCCACGUAUCCACUUCCCUCUGGCUACCUAUGCACCUGUCCUCUCGGCUGAGAAAGCUUACCAUGAACAAAUGACCGUCGCUGAAAUCACCAAUGCAUGUUUCGAACCCUCCAAUCAGAUGGUGAAAUGUGAUCCCCGUCACGGAAAGUACAUGGCAUGUUGCAUGUUAUAUCGUGGUGAUGUUGUUCCCAAAGACGUUAACACUGCAAUUAGCGUUCUUAAGACCAAAAGAAGCAUCCAGUUCGUCGACUGGUGUCCCACUGGGUUCAAGGUCGGCAUCAACUACCAACCACCAACCAUUGUACCCGGUGGUGAUCUGGCCAAGGUCCAGAGAGCCGUCUGCAUGCUGGCAAAUACAACAGCGAUAGCUGAAACCUGGGCUCGUCUUGACCACAAGUUCGAUCUGAUGUACGCCAAGCGUGCCUUCGUUCAUUGGUACGUAGGUGAGGGUAUGGAGGAGGGAGAGUUCUCCGAGGCCCGUGAAGACUUGGCUGCUCUGGAGAAGGACUAUGAAGAGGUCGGAGUAGGGAGUCUCGACGAGGACGAGGACGAGGAAAAUCUGGAGUAUUGAGGGCAUGGUGAAUCUGGGGUACUGAGAACACGGGAAUCUGGGGUACUGAGAACAAGGGGAAUCUGGGGUACUGAGGACAAGGGGAACCUGGGGUACUGAGGACAAGGGGAAUCUGGAGUAUUGAGAACACGGGGAAUCUGGGGUACUGAGGACAAGGGGAAUCUGGGGUAAUGAGGACAAAGGGAAUCUCGGGUACU